GACGUGCUUGUAGCUGACGUGCUGGUGCUGCUCGUGGACGUUGAUGAGCUCGAAGUGGAUGUUGAAGAUGUGCUUGAAGAAGAUGUUGAGGUCGACGAAGUCGAUGUGGUACUGCUGCUUGUGGAUGAUGUGCUCGAGGAGGACGUGCUAGUGCUGCUCGUGGACGUAGAUGAGCUCGAGGUGGAUGUGGACGACGUGCUUGACGAAGAUGUUGACGUCGUUGUCGUCGUUGUCGUGCUGCUGCUCGUGGAUGAAGUGCUUGUAGAUGAGGUGCUGGUGCUGCUGGUGGAAGUAGACGAGCUUGAGGUGGACGUUGACGACGUGCUGGACGAAGAUGUUGAUGUGGACGAGGUCGAUGUAGUGCUGCUGCUUGUGUAUGAAGUGCUUGUAGAUGAGGUGCUGGUGCUGCUGGUGGACGUUGAUGAGCUUGAUGUGGAUGUCGAGGACGUGCUUGACGAGGAUGUUGAAGUCGACGAAGUCGAUGUGGUACUGCUGCUUGUGGAUGAAGUGCUCGAGGAGGAUGUGCUAGUGCUACUUGUGGACGUAGAUGAGCUGGAGGUGGACGUGGACGAUGAGGACGUGCUGGUGCUGCUCGUGGACGUUGAUGAGCUCGAAGUGGAUGUUGAAGAUGUGCUUGAAGAAGAUGUUGAGGUCGACGAAGUCGAUGUGGUACUGCUGCUGCUUGACGAAGUGGUUGUUGAAGAAGUGCUCGUAGAUGAGCUGCUGGUGCUGCUUGUGGACGUUGAUGAGCUCGAAGUGGAUGUUGAAGAU